AUACAAAGACAUCCUUAACUUCACUCCUUGUCUUCUCUCCCUCCUUCUUCCUCAUUUCAAUUCAAACUUCAAAAAUGGCUUUUUCUUUUUCCAAAAAACCAUCUUCAAGAUACAGUUCGUAUGAUUCACGCUCUUCAACCUCCUCUCAUUUUUCAGAUCCAUCUUCAUCUUUUGAGUUAAAUAACCCUAAAUCAUCUUCAUCUCGUGCCAUUGUGAAAUCUAAAUCAUCUCAUGUAACUCAAACCACAAAGGUGGACCCCACAUUAACCAAAAUGGUCAAAACAUUUAUGGAGAAGAAACCCAAAUCGGUGAACACUACUACCAAGUUGUUCAUUCCAUCUGAUGUUAUUGCGCAAGAUUUGAAGAAGGAUGCCAAAAGGGUAACUGGUUUUUCUGCUUUGCAAAAGAAGCUUUUUGGGAAAAAUGGGUCAUCUGAGAAGAAGGAAAAGGUGAAGGCUUUGACUGAAGUGAAGGGAAACACUAGAACACUUGCUAUGGUGUUGAGGAGUGAGAGGGAGCUUCUAAGUACCAAUAAGGAGCAAGAGGAGGAGAUUUCAAAGCUCAAGCUCAUAAUUGAAAAUAAGAAUAAAGAGGUGGAGAAGUUGAAAGAUUUGUGCUUGAACCAAAGAGAGGAAAUAAAGUCAUUGAAGAGUACAAUACUGUUUCCAGAUGUUAUGAAUUCUCAGCUUCAGGAACUUGUAGAGAAGCAAGGCUCAGAGCUGAAAGAAGCAAAACAAGUCAUUCCAGCUCUACAACAGCAGGUUUCUUCUCUUACUGGUCAGCUUCAGAGCCUUGCUGACGAUCUUGCCGAGGUCAAGGCUGAUAAGUAUUCAGCAAAAACAGGCUUCCAAGGUUAUGGAAGUUCUCCUAGAACACCGCCAUGGCAUGCCCGGGAAAAUGCUUCAAACUCUUGGGAGUUUAGCUCUGAGGACAUGUCAGAUGACCUAUUACUUAAAGAUUUAAAUCCAUGCUUAACACCUAACAAGUCAAGAUCCAGCGAAUCUCUGCAAGACGAUGGCUUGUCUGACGAGGAUGCCAAAGUAUAUCCAGAGCUGGAUGAUUUUAAUUCAUAUGAUCGAAAAUUUUCGAAAAGUUCUGACUGUUACCACCAUAAUACCUGCAAAAUCGGAAUCACAACCAAAGCAAGUCGAAGAUCUGAUGACAGCAAAACAGCUUGGAGGUAGAAUGAACCAUACUCAAUCAUUGUUCCUUGUUGAGACUCCUCAUCUCUUUUCCUUGUUUCCAUCUUUCAGUUUGUUAGCAUUCUAUGUCUGUUUCUGAAGUUGGACAUUGUACUGUAUCUUAAUACAUGUUACAUUGAAUUGUCCAUUCUUGUAUAUGGUGCACAUGAGCAAUGAAUAAGGUGUCGAAGUCGAUAAGCUCCUUAACACCAUGCUUGAAAAUUCGAAUGCGAAUACUAAUGGAACGUUACCACUUUUGGUA